CAGAGACCAAAAAAAAAAAAAAUCGAAAAUCGGCAACUACUAAAAAAUAAACUAAAAAAAAUCGCAGGAAUCGUAGAAAGUCGAAAGACUAUCAGAACCCCGAAUCAUCCUCUCGUAAAAUCAAAUUCAAAAAGCUAAGAAUGGCAUCAUCGUCAAGCAGCGGCCUCACCUUCAAGCUGCAUGCGCUGGUAAUCGUAAACAUAUCGGACCACUACACUCGGGUGAAGUCCCAGAUGAACCCUCCACUCACAUCCACCUCUUCCACCUCCACCGUCAAUAAUAACAGCAGCAACGGCAUGGAACACCAUCAGCAAGCUCCUCGAGUCUACGGUUGCGUUAUAGGGGUCCAGAGGGGUCGCACCGUCGAGAUCUUCAACAGCUUCGAGCUUCUCUGCGAUCCCUCCACCCACUCCCUCGACCGCUCCUUCCUCGAGAAGAAGCAAGAGCUCUAUAAGAAGGUUUUCCCUCACUUUUAUAUACUUGGAUGGUACUCCACUGGGAGCGAUGCCGAGGAAUCCGAUAUGCACAUCCAUAAGGCCUUGAUGGAUAUUAAUGAAAGCCCUCUCUAUGUGCUUCUUAAUCCUGCAAUCAAUCAUGCCCAAAAGGAUCUUCCAGUCACCAUUUAUGAAAGUGAGCUGCACGUCAUAGAUGGGAUUCCACAGCUUAUUUUUGUUCGCUCAAGCUACACAAUUGAGACGGUUGAAGCAGAGAGGAUAUCUGUGGAUCAUGUCGCCCAUCUAAAGCCAUCUGAUGGAGGGUCAGCAGCAACUCAAUUAGCUGCUCAUCUUACUGGUAUACAUAGUGCCAUCAAGAUGUUGAAUAGCAGAAUCAGGGUGCUUCAUCACUAUCUUGUUGGAAUGCAAAAAGGUGACAUUCCUUGUGAAAAUUCACUAUUAAGGCAAGUAUCAAGCCUCCUCCGAAGGUUACCUGCCAUUGAAUCAGAAAAAUUUCAAGAUGACUUUCUGAUGGAAUAUAAUGACACUUUAUUGAUUACUUAUCUUGCAAUGUUCACUAACUGUUCAAGCAAAAUGAAUGAGGUAGUUGACAAAUUCAACACUGCAUAUGAUAGACACAGUCGAAGGGGUGGACGGACUGCUUUCAUCUGAAUGUUGCUAACUUGAUGACUAUUUUGGGCCCUUUUCUUUGUGCACAGCACUUGGAUGCUUAGGAGUUAUGUUGGGAAGGGGUUGCUAGACAAAUAGAUAUGAAAAUUAGAUGUUAUCACUUUUGUUGUUAUUAUUUAUUACUGGUUUGGAUUUUUGAGCGGAGAGAUUGGUGAUGCUGUUUCUGUUUGUGGUGAUUUAAGGUGUAAGGGAAUUUAAUUAGUUCCAGCACUUAAUCUAAUAUUUCUAUUAUAUUACAAAGAUAUUUUAUAUUAUCAGAUACAUGAUAUCUGAUAAGAUUUGCCAUGUACACUUACACUAUAUUUUUAAUUAACUUGCAAC